GGUGUGGUGUCAUGCUAAUGCUACUAGCUAGGUUACAUAGUGAUUACAUGACAUUCCUCUCACGGCAUGAUGGCAACAUUCUCCUUGCACGGAAAACAAACGGUGAUCAUAAUUAACGCGGAAUUAUGUGUGUUAAAAACGGAAACAUGUUGCUCUGUGAUGUCGAGGUACCGCGUUUGAAAAUAACCUUACGGUGCUAACUAGGUUAGCUCUUAAUAGUCUCUCAACUUCUCACCAAAACAAACCACUGUCUUCAACACAAAGCCCAUUAUGAUUGAAAGAGAAGAGCGGCAAUAUCACAUAAUUCACAAAUCAAACUUUGCAACGCCUACAUUUCAGGGCAGUCUUUGAUCGAGCAUCUAAAUCAGUCGGCGUCCAUGCAAUGUUACAUAUGCGGCUCAAGUAACGUUAGCAACACGGUAGAGAGUUAGCAGCUUCAGCUCGCUAUUCGCUCCAAAGGCUAGCGAUAGAUUCACGCUGGCAUGAUUUGCAAACGAAAAUUAUAUCACCUUUAAAAUGUGUCCGUAAAUGACAAGAUAGUCAACUCUUCGACACAGUUACCUCACCAUAGGGUGACCAUUGCCAGCUAGCAACAACCACACAAUUAUGCUAAAUCUAAGCUAGCCGCUUGCCCUAAACAAACUUGCUUUCUUACCGCAGUUCGAUGAUGACUCAAUGCGACUAGGCGUCGUGAAAGCUCGUCUUUCCAACAGGAAUUGUAUUUCAAAAAGCGAGUUCGUACAAUAAACAGUUGUACUCAGGAGAGACGCUCUAACAAGCUUCCAGCACAUCUUAAGCGCCUGAAAGCCAGCACUCAGCACUGAGUGGGAGGCCGAGUGAACAUACUACGCAUGCGUGCAACCUCCGGAGGAUUAUUAGGGAAACGGUGGCCUCUAGUGGACGCAAGUUGACAUGACAGCACUGCCAUCUAAAAGCUUAAACUACAUUAUUGAUUUAUUUCCUCCAUCGUUGUAGCACUUAAACUGGCUAAGUAACCAAGUCUGUCACACUAAUGACGUUUGAAAGUUUGUUUAGUGUCACAUUUGGAGUAUGUUUGAGUUUGAGCACCGGUACAGCCGCAGGUGUGUGCCAUUGGAGUAAUUAGACGCGUCGUUCGUAGAGCAUGUAGAGCUCCGAGUGACGCACUAUGUUUAAUGAGAAACUGAGUUGUCAAGACGUUUGAAAGUCAGUCGUUACCGGGUGAUGUGUAUUUGUUGGCCAGCAUCCUUCUGCUCUGUUUUAUUUCGGACGGGUUGAGCAAAAAAAAAAAAAAAAAAAAAAAAACGGAAGAAGAAAUGGACGAUGGAGGUAAGCCACCACAUUCAUGUGGGAAUGGACAGCAGAGGACUCAGCAUCCCAGGCCUUUUUUCUACGUGCAGCCACCAUCUCAGCCUUACUACCUUUAUCAGCACUGGCAGCUGAACAACCCAUACAACCACUAUGGUUUGCCUGGAGGUUUUAAUAUUGGACGUCCCUUCAUGGCUCCCUAUCAGUACAUGCCGUAUCCGGGCUUUGUUUUCCCACACACCCCGCUGUAUCCCAUGGAUUACAGGCGGAUGUUUGAGCCUCGCUUCUACACGCCCACCUGGAACGAUGGACCACGCCCGCAGCAUCACCCGCAGUCUCAAGGGCGGCGAGAGACGGCCUCCUCCGAGGUCCAAACAGACCCCAGUGACGCCAUAACCAAGCUCAUUGAAUGCCUGGACAAGAUCCGAGCCACCGAGCUGCAGGGAGCGGAGAGAGAGCUGGACUCGGGGGUGGCGUCUCACUCCUCUGGGAUGUUCUCUCCGUCCGAGGAGAAAAAAGGUGAAGAGCAGAGUGAUGCCAAUAUUCUGCCAACGGCGCUGGAUGCGACCCGUUUGGUGUCUCCGGCUGUUGUCUUCAGUGACUCCACCACGGCCGUGUACGACGGCGAGUCUAGCCAUCGGAGUUUGGACAUCCUGAGUCCUCAGGUGUGCUGGUCAGGAAGACUCGAAGAGGAGCUGCCUCUUGAUAGCUCCUCCAUCCACGAGGAUGGUUCUGAUCCCGAGCAGCCGGCGCCGCUGGACCCCUUCCUCACUCAUGAGAAGUCAGAGGUCACAAAUAUCCAGUCAGAUAUUCCUGUGGCUGGUCACAGAGCUCCUAAAUGUGAUGGUGACGACCUCGUGAAGCGAAUGGAUCCCAGUGGGCCUCCAUCACAGUCUCUCACACCUUCCAGUCAGCCUGCUCUCAAGGAGGCAAAAAGUAAAGUGGCGCAGAGCAUGAAUGAAGAUGAUCCUGGCCACCAGAUUCUCAAGCUGCCUCUUGAGAGUGUUUUCACAUCAGGAGCAGGAACACACCUCUCUUCACCCGCUACCACUGCUCCAUACUACUACCACCACCUCUCCAUGCAGACCACCCACGAGCGCAUGAGUGUCCUAAGCCCGUCUCUGGAUGAGCUCUCAUCCAGGGAUGAGAUGUUCUCCACAGACCUGGAGGACGUGGAGCUUUUCCCCAGACAAGCCUACUCAGGCAGAAGGCUGGCAGAAGGCAUCGGGAGCGACCAAGCCCCUGAAGAGGUGGCGGAGAACGUGUGGCUUCCUGGCUCCAAGAGGUUCAUGUGCGCCUGCUGUGGGAAAAGUCUGGCCAAAGGUGGAAGUCGGGGGAAAGGUCACAAGGCGUACAGGGACGAGGCUGCAGACUCUGAGGAGGACGGCAGGUACGGAAGAGGGUGUGAGCAGCCGGUCCGAGUGGUGCUCAGGAAGCAAUCGGCAGCCAGGAAGCCUCACUCGGGCCCUCUGAGGCACCCCGCUAAGCCGUGGUACAAGAGAGGCCAGUACAAAGACCCAGCCGAGCCACUUGAGCCUGACGAGGGUCAUGACCCCUGCAAAGUGGACUUGGUGGAUGGCAAGCCUGGGGAGACGACUGGCGGUGAGCUGCAGUGCACAACAUGUCAGGAAAGUCUCUGCAGAGAUGGGCACAGCUUGUCAGAGCAAUGCAAGUGGGCCGAUGGAGGCGGGAUUCCCAGAAGACGUCAAGCGGCUCCUGUGCAGCGACAAGAGUCGAGUGCUCAGAGGAAAGUAAUGCACCAGAGGCCCAGAGACGAGGAUGAGGACGACGACCAGGACGACAAAGAGCUUCCGUCCUCGCACUGGGACAGAGCUCUAGCAGUACCGAGAUGUUGAUUUCUCACGACUGACACAACAAAAUGUGUUGAACUGUCCCCUAAGAUGGUGUAAAUGUUCCAGGAUGAUGAUUAUAUAUUUAGGGCACCAGGUGUAACACACUGCACUGUUUUUUGGGGGGGUUUCUUAAAGGUAUAUAAUAAAGAAAAAAAAAAGUAUAUUUUUUGCCUUACACAAUUCAUGUUUAAGUGAAUGUCACAAUGAGGCAGGUGGGCUCAAAGGUUGUGUUGCAGUUGAUGUUGUGUCACUGUUUGU